UGUGGGUGCGCCUCCUACACACACACACACACCGCACCGUCUCUUCCUUUUCUCUCGUUUCAGUGUUGAGCAAAAGGCGCCGCAGUGAAGUUCGCCGUCUCGCCUCUUUACGUUGUUUUGUCCGCCGCGCCAACAACUGUCAAAAACAUUUUUUUUUUUUUUGAAGAAAAAAAAGAAGACUUUUUUUUUUUUUUUUUGACAAUUAAUUUAAAAAAAAGAAGAAGACACGUGUGCCGCGUUUCCGGUUUUUGUUGCUACCGUUUUUGUUAUUAUUAUUAUUAUUGGUGCGUUGUUGUUGCUACAAAAAAAAAACCAGUGCCGUGGUUUUUAUUAUUUUUUUUUUUUUUUUUCGGGAAUCGAAAUACAAAAGUGCAUUGAAAAAAUGUCGGAAUUUUUUUGAAGAGGUGCGCCGCUGCGUGAUGCCGCCGUGCCGCUUCAAGUAAAUCAUGCCACACGUCUCGUCCGGCGGCGGCGGCGAUGAUCUCGGCAGCACCGAUGAGGUCAAGGUGUACAAGGACGAGGGUAUCGACGAGGACGAGAAACGGUCCUCGGAGAACCUCACCGAGGUUAAGAGCAGCCUCAUCGAUCUCACCGAGUCGGAGGAAAAAUCCGGAAAUUUCAACUCGUCAAGCAAAAAUGCCCACCUGCAACGGUCGGACCACAGUCCCGUGUUCGGAAAAGUCGAGCCCCACACGUCGUUCAACAUGGGGUAUCUCGUGUCCCCCUACGGCUACGCCAAUGGAGCCCCCGGACCCAUUCCAGUAUCAAUGGCAGGAAAAAUGGGACUGGGCCCCGGCGGCCACUUGCCCGCCUACUUUUGCCACAACGGCGACCCGCUCACGCAGCCGCCGCCCGCGCACAUGGGAAUCCCGCCUUAUCAGCUGGACGGCGGCAAAGGGGGCGCGCCGAUCGGUCUCACUAGACCGCCGAUGUACCCGUUCUCGGCCGGUCAGUACCCGUACCCGAUGCUCAGUCCGGAAAUGUCAGCACAAGUGGCCUCAUGGCACACUCCGAGCAUGUACCCCCUGUCGCCCGGCGCCGGCUUCCGAAGCCCCUAUCCGAGCGCCCUGGCCGGCCCCUCCGACUUUUACCGAUUCUCGCCGACCGGGCUGAUCCAGCCUCAUCCGGGGCUCAGCCCGCACGCCCCCCACCACCUCGGCUCGCACCCCGCCAUCGUCACCCCCGGCCCCAAACAGGAACUACCUGACAUGAUGAAUAACAGGUCGCAGGACCAUCACAAGAACAGCGCCGACGCGAAAAACAACCAGGACAACGAGAAAAAGAAGCCGCACAUCAAAAAGCCGCUGAACGCUUUCAUGUUGUACAUGAAAGAGAUGCGCGCCAAAGUGGUGGCCGAGUGCACGCUCAAAGAAAGCGCCGCCAUCAACCAAAUCCUCGGCCGACGGUGGCACGCGCUCGGCCGCGAAGAACAGGCCAAGUACUAUGAGCUGGCGCGGCGCGAACGUCAGCUGCACAUGCAGCUUUAUCCUGAUUGGUCGUCGCGCGCCAACGCCACCCGCGGCAAGAAGAGGAAGCGUAAGCAAGAUCCUCAAGACGGAGGCAACAGUAUGAAAAAGUGCCGGGCCCGUUACGGCCUCGACCAGCAGAGCCAGUGGUGCAAACCUUGCAGACGCAAGAAGAAAUGCAUACGGUACAUGGAGUCGGGCGACGGCAACCAGUCCGACGACAAUCUAGGCAGCUGCGGCAGCAUGGGCGACGCCAACACGCCGCCGGACGACGUCGACGACGACGACGACGACGUCGAAAGCCUCAACCAAUCAAUGUCGAGCCCGCUGAGCAGCCUGACGUCUCCAGGCGUCAUCCUGCCCAGUCCGUCGACGAGCGUAGCCAGUCCGUCGCUGGUCAGUACGGCGAGUCCGUACAUGCUGCAGAGUCCGCUCACGCCGCAACCGGACGCGUUCGACGUCAAGUUGCCGGCGCCGGCGCCGCUCCGGCAUCCGGUCGGCACGAACCCGCACGACGUCAACAAUCCGCUCAGCGUCAACCAGCUGACGGGGCAGUGCGUCGCGACGCGUCAUCCUGACGCGUCGGACGAACGGAGCAUCAUCAGCGUCACGUAGCGUCAGUGCAAUUGGCUCGGAAUUGCGAGCCGAAAAGUGACGCGUGCGUACGCGGUCUUUUUCUUGGUCGUCGCCGUCAGUUGAUGGUUUUUGCAGGGUGAGUUUUUUUUUUUCUACGUGUAAAUCGACCUUUAAAUUCUAUUGAAUUAUUACGGAACGCCGUUUGUGGCCAACCAAGUCAACUAACUAUGCAAAUUGCAUUGGGUGCGUUUUUUUUUUUUUAAAUUACUUUUUUUUGAACAGUGUUGCCAAAUUAAAAAAAAAAAAAAAAACACCUUGCAAAAAAAAACUCAGAUCUCCUAUACUAUUGGACUUGUAUUUUUUUUUUUUUGUUACUUACGUACCACUAUGUAACAUAAAUGUCAUUUGCCAAAAUCACCUCUUAGUUUUUAUAUUGUAGGUUUGGCAACGCCGCUGUCGUAAAAAAAAUAAAGGCGGCGUUGCCGACAUGUGCCAGAUUUCAAGGAUCUAUAUUAUUUUUUGGCGUGUAAAUAUUUGUAAAUAUUUAUAUUAUUUUUUUUUUUUUAUAUAAAAAUUUUAUUUGUUAUUUAAGGCCGGAUUUAAUUGUUUAGUACGGGAAUUAAUUGGGCACUGUGUGACGUCAUCUAGUGCCUAAUUGCAAUUGAUUGAUUUUUUUGAAGCCAUUUUUUUUUUUUUUCUGAUUAUUAAAAACAAUGUGAUAUUUUUAUACUAUAUGACUACUAUUACUAUAUUUGAAACAGUGGCUUCCUCAGGUUUUUUUUGCAUUUAUUUUUUAAUUCGGCCCCCCUCCUCGGGGCUACGCCCCUGGUUUCCAAUUGAAUUGUGCCAUAUAUUAAAGCCGGAAACGCGCGCAGGGGCGGAGGUCUAGGAGUGGGGGUUUUUUUUAUGUUUUUUUUGGAACAGUGCAAUUGUUUUUAGGGCCCCUUUUUUAUAUAUAUAUAUAUAUAUAUAUAUAUAUAUAUAUAUAGCCGACUUCGAAAAAAAAAAAAUGUAUAAAUAAACAAAAAACUAGAAUUUUAAAUGUUUAAUUAAUUAUUGUCUUUGUAAGUAGGAACUUGCUGUAACACCCCCCCCCCCCUCUACCCCUCCCG